AUGGGUGUCUGGGGCCGUGGUCUUCUGCAGUCGGAUAACGACUACGACAUUGCAGGGGAUCUCAAUGACAUGCUUGGAUGCACCGUAUUCAUGCCACCAAAGGAGGAGGCUGCUGAUGUGCUGGAGAAGCUCAACGGCGGUCUUCUUUCCAGGAAACUUGACGAGAUUUUGGAGCCAAGUUUCCAGGCUUCACGAUCUUGGUACCCUCGAGAGCGAGUCUUUGUCAUCCUGGCAGUGCUUGCCAUGCAAAUCGGUGCGAAGAUAGAGAGCAGACACAUGACAGCAUUGAAAGUUCUACGAGCGACGCUCCCCAACAUGUUCCAGCAGCUUCAACUCGUCACCGCUAUCGAAGAGUACAAGAACGAUGGUACACGCUGGCUCUUAGGCAGCAAAGGUCUUCAGGACACCAUGUUUUCAUCCAUGGAUGGCGAGGGAGAGGAUGACAAUGGUGACGAGUUCUUCUACAGUGGACUUGGCCACUCGGUCGACCAAGACCCGUACCCUCACACUUGGAGCAAGAGAUGCCUUUCCUGUGGGGAAUCUAACUCCGAGCUUCUUCGCUGCUCCCGAUGCCACAUGGCGCGAUACUGGGAUAAGCGUUGCCAGAAGCACGACUGGCAAAAGCACAAGCUCGUCUGCGAACCGGUUGCGCCCCGAUCAGUGAGCGUCCCGGACAUUCACUCCGAUGAGUUCAAGGAGUUCCUGGAGCAGUGCCACGGGCACAAGGAGUGA